UACUCAUCUCUGGAGAGGCCUUCCGACACCGUGAUACAAUACGACACACAGGUAGCAGUGAAAUACCCGGACAGAGAUGAAUACAUCUGUAUUUUUGUUACUAUUUGUUACGGUUCCAGUCGUGGGGAGUUCCGAUUUAGAUCCGAACGAAAUACAACUAAUAGGAUUGAAAUGUACAACCAAGUAUAUGUAUCCUGACAGUGGAGAAGGAACACAAGAAGUAUUAAUGACAUGUAAACCCAACGACGUGUUCAUGGACAUGUCUGGUAACGGUCAACGGUGGACAUAUCCCAUACCUCUAUAUGGAAAAGUAUUUAUCAAAGGAGACGAGCUAUGGCAUCCAAAACUCAAAGGUGAAAGUGGCAAGGAAAAACGCGAUUCUGAUCCUGAAGUACUCGGAUAUCAUCCUUUCUUUGAUGUACGAGCAGGAAAGUGGGGGAUAGCUGGAAUCAAAGGAAAAGAAGGAGAGAUUUGGCUUCCCAUACUCAUAGGUGAAAGAGGCAAAGAAACGCGCGAUUCUGAUCCAGAAGGUUUGGCUGCGGUCCUUAAUCUGGAUAAAAGAAAGCGGUGGACACAUGGCAUAUAUGUUAAUAACAAAGAAGGAGAGCAUUGGCAUCCAAAUCUUAAAGCUGAAACAGGCAAAGAAAAUCUCAAUUCUGUUCAUGAAGUAUCAAGAGGAGAUGCGGAAACUUGGGCAGCGAUACAUUGAGAUGACUUGUCAUAUUGACAACGAUGAUCAGUUAUUGUCAUCAGCUGAAAAUAAAAUCCCGUCAACAAUAUCGAAA